UAGAGAGAAAAUCAGAAAGAAAGCGGCAGAAAUCAGAUAACAACAUUCAUACUGCACAAGUGAAGUUCACAGACAGCUCUUAAGUAGACUUACUUUAUUUAACAUCCAGACAGCCAACAUUUUUCUCUUCAGAUUCUCAAGGAUCGAAGCAUGGAAUGGAUGAUUUAAGGCAGCAAAGAAACUAUCCAGGAGGGAGUUCAGGAGACAGAGGCAUCACUGAAACAAUCUCUACAACAAGAAUUACAGCUUUACCUCCACGAGGCUUCAAUGCAUCCGCCAACAAGGGCAUGUCAAGCACCUCCGGGUCUCCUGGCCUGGAGAAGAACAUUUUGACUCAAAACAACAGCAGUUCUUUUUUCUCAUCCUCAUCUGUGGGGGUGAGUGCAGGUGGGUUAGGCUCUGGAUCAAGGGAAUAUCUGCUAGAGGAGUCAUCUGUGAGUAAGAGUAAGAAGGCAGGUGAUGCUUCUGAUGGAGGAUUUGAGAGUGUCUCUGGAUCAGGAUCAGGAUCAGGAUCAGGAUCAGGAUCAGGGCUGGGGGUGAGAUCCAGCUCCACUGAUGGCAUGAGAAGAACACAAGACUCCACAUUGUUUCUGGAAAGGAAAAACAAAACCACUCAUUCACGUCGUUAUGAUGGAAGCUCAAGUGAAAACUCAUCCCCAGAGAUCACAAGAAAAGACUAUGGUUCAACUAGAGGAAGGAGUCAAAGCAGGGAGACGGAAAUCAGGACCAGACUGCAAAGUGCAUCUCCCUCCACUAGAUGGACUGAGCUGGAUGAUGUGAAGAAGCUGUUGAAGGGAUCGCGCUCCGCCAGCGUCAGCCCCACACGCUCUUCCUCCUCCUCCCCUCUUCCGAUACCUCGCAAGGCCACCACCUUAGACAACAAGAUCUCCACCAAGCAAGUCGAGCAAUAUGACAGCACUAUUCUUGACGCUGACCUUGCCUCGUACACAUGGAACUCCUCCACACUGCCCUCUACAGUGUCCACUGGACCUGGUGCUGCUUACGGCUUCCACCGCAACACCAACAACAUGUCAACGGGAGCUUCGCUUGUCAGCAGCACAUCACCAUCCUCCUUAUCAGUGUAUGGCUUCCACAACAAUUUAGCUCCUGCUAGUGGAGUUCUAACUUCGAGUGGAGUUAACACAGUCUCAGGAUAUGGAGUGCAGAAGAAUUAUUCAACAAGUCCCAACAGCACUUUUGCUGUUAGCACAGGGGUCUCCACUGCAGGAUAUGGUGUGCAGAAGAAUUAUUCCUCAAGUCCCAACAGCACUCUUGCUGUUAGCACAGGCGUCUCCACAGCAGGUGGUUGUGUUAUAGUCACUCAGUAAAGGAUUUAUAGUUACUGUAGUUCUCAAAAGACGUAGCGAUUGUCACAUAAUAAACAAGAAGACUUGGUGUCACAUUUAGGAACUGGUACAAGGACCCUUAAUGAGAAUGUGUCAAAGAGAUACCUGACGCUGGAGAAGGAGAACAUUCCAGUGAAGAGAGACACUGAGGAACUUAUCCUGACCAAAGACAGUGGCAAGCACUUUACCAACAGCGCCCCCAAUGGGACAGCAGGGUCAUAUUCAGAUGUUUCAGUGAAGAAGGAAACUAUGAUGACCAGCUAUUCUGAAAGUGUUCCUGUGAAGUCUAGCUCUGGCGUGCAUUAUGGGUCUUCAGUGUCAACAAAAGAUAAAGCUACUUAUGCAGAGAUACAUAAGGCUAAGCUUGAGGAUGAGGAUGACUGUAAGUGUGGAGGGGGUCUCUGUGGAUGUGGGCCAAACUGCUGUUCCUGGUGGAAGUGGCUGCUGGGUUUUUUGCUCAGCCUCCUGCUUCUCCUCGGCCUUCUGUUUGGACUCAUUGCUCUAUCUGAGGAGGUAAAGAAACUAAAGUCUCGUGUCAGCGCUCUUGAGGGAAUAUCUUCCUCCAUGAAUGCCCGCACAAGUCGUCUGUCUGCUCCUAUUGAUGACAUUGACAUAUAUAAAGAUGCUGGAAGUAAAGCAGCAUAUGUUAAUUCACUGGAUUCUGCAGUUUAUUCAGACAAUUCUGCACUGCAGAGAAAUGUACAGCAAAUACUGAGAGCAGAGCUGCAGUCUGAAGCAAUGAAAGCCUUCCUUGCUUCUUCAGUUAAAGCUGAAAGAGGACUUCCAGGGCCAAAAGGUGACAGUGGAUCUCCAGGGACGAAGGGAGACAAUGGUUUUCCAGGGCUGCCAGGUCCACCAGGAAUUCCAGGAAAUCCAGGAAGGGAAGGACAAAAAGGGGGAAAAGGAAGUGCAGGUGAACAUGGUGCAGACGGACCUCCAGGAUUCAGGGGAAGAGAUGGUCAACCUGGACCCCGUGGAGACCCAGGACCUCCUGGAGCAGGAGAGAAGGGUGAAAGGGGUAUUCCUGGCUCUCCUGGUCAAGUUGGUGCACCUGGGCCUAAAGGUCAAUACAAAACACAUUUUUGUGCAGGUGAACAAGGCCCUCAAGGCUUCAGAGGUGAACCUGGCACCGUCGGACCUAAAGGUGAUAGAGGACUUCCUGGUCCACCUGGAAUUAAAGGUGAUCAUGGUGAUAUAGGAGACAAUGGAUUGCCAGGUAUUCCUGGUGCUGCAGGACGACAGGGACCAGCUGGUGAGAAAGGAGCUAAAGGAGCACCAGGGCCUCAAGGAGCUGAUGGUGAAAAGGGCCAAAGAGGUGAGUCAGGCUCAAUUGGCUUGCCAGGAAUCAGAGGACCACCUGGGCCACUCGCUGAUUCUGGACAACCAGGAACUCCAGGGAUUCAAGGACCUCCAGGCCUACCUGGCAAUCCUGGUCAGCCUGGAGCUAAAGGUGAGACUGGUGCGGCUGGAAGAGUGAUCAAUGCAGCAGGUUCUAGCUCAGUGGCAAUCCCAGGACCGCCUGGAAGCCCCGGUCCUCCUGGCCCAACUGGCUACCCAGGACUCUCAGGUCCCGUUGGCCCUGCUGGACAUCCUGGUCAGCCUGGUCUUAAAGGUGAUAAGGGAGAUCAAGGAGAACCGGGUAUUGCUGUGAACACUGGGGAGACUUUGGUUUCAACGCGUGCAGAAAGACAGUAUGGGGCUGCAAAUGUUGCUGUUACUGGACCACCAGGUCCUCCUGGUCCCCCAGGGCCUCCUGGACGUCCAGGAGAUACCAGAGCAGGUCCACCGGGACCACCAGGUUUACCAGGCUCAGCAGGAUAUGGCACCCCCGGUCCUAAAGGAGACAAGGGAGAUCCAGGAAACUUUGUGCCUAAUUCAGGAACGUUUUUUGCGGGACCACCUGGGCCGCCAGGACCCACAGGGCCUAAAGGAGCGACAGGUGCCCAAGGUCCACGAGGAUAUCAAGGGGAAUCAGGUCAGCCUGGCCUUCCAGGGAGUCCUGGUAGAGUUAUCUCUGAGUACGGUGUCGCUCAAGGGCCACCUGGUCUUCCAGGGCCUCCUGGACCGCCUGGACGAGAGGGCCGUAAAGGGGAUCCUGGAGUACCAGGUUUAUCAACAUCACAAGGAGAGUCAAGAGUCUCGGUAUCAGGAGCAGUUGCAGUCGGGCCCCAGGGGCGGCCUGGUCCUCCAGGACCUCCUGGUCCACCCGGUGCUACAGGUCAUUCCGGUGGAUCCCAUUUUGCCUCGGACUAUCGGCGUUACAUCACGGAGUAUAUGCAAAGUGACAGCAUGAGGCAGCAUUUGUCUAGUAUUCAGGGAUCACCAGGUCCACCAGGUCCACCAGGUACACCAGGUGCACCUGGAGCUUCAAUGUCUGUAGAGGACAUUGCAUCUCGGGUCAUCGCUUACAUUCAGCGCUCUGGAUUCAGUGGUAGCAGUAUUAGCCAAGGUGCUCAAGGUCCUCCAGGACUUCCUGGCCCUCCUGGCCCACCUGGAAGUAUAACUGCUGACUACAUCAUUUCCCUUUUACAGAGAGAAGAUGUGAGGCGUUAUGUGGUUGGCCCUCCAGGACCAUCGGGUUCACCAGGGAUUAGUGCUAGUACCUUUAAUGCACAGGAAGUGGCAAACUAUGCUAUCAGAAUAAUGAAUGAGCAGGGGAUGACAAGCAGACCUGGACCACCAGGCCCUCCUGGCCCACCUGGCCAAGCAGGUGCUACCUACAGCGACAUAACAGCUCUUAUUCAGAGGUCAGGGCUUGGGGCAGGCGUUGGACGUCCAGGGCCCCCUGGUCCGCAAGGAAUACAGGGACCCCCUGGUCCGCCUGGUGCCACAGGAGGCGACUCCUCUGCACUCUCGGGUUACAAACUGGAGGACAUCCAGCUCUACCUUCAGAAGUCCGGUUUUAGGGGACCUCCUGGUCCACCAGGACCCCAGGGUCCUCCAGGUGACACUAGGGGCCUUGUAUCAUAUACAGGAUCUUCUGCGCGAGAACAGAUCCGUGCUGAGCUGCAGGAUUACUUGAACAGUGACAGUAUGAGGCGCUAUGUUCACAGUCCCCCUGGGCCUCCUGGACCCCCUGGCCAGAAGGGUGAACGUGGUGACCCCGGGCACAGUUAUCAGAAUGCCAGAAGCCAACACCGCUUUGGCACUGAGAUCAGUGAACCAGUGGACUACUCCAAUGUUGCAAUAAAAGUAACUGAUUACAUUAAAAAUCAAGGUCUACUACAGGACCUGACAGAGGGAUACUGGAGAACACAAGCAGGAAGGAUCCAAGGACCCGCUGGGCCUCCAGGUCCUCCUGGCCCACCCGGGUACAGCCGUGUGAUUGGUGCCUAUGGGAACGUGACUGCAGACCUCAUGGACUUCUUUAGAACACAUGGGAGCAUCCCAGGGCCUCCUGGCAGGCCAGGACACAAAGGGGACAGAGGAUACCCAGGAUCUAAAGGAGACACAGGGGAAAGGGGGAGCUCAGGGAUACCAGGCCUCCCGGGACAAAGAGGACUGGAGGGACCAAGGGGAGAAAAGGGUGAAAAAGGUGAUAUCCAGACUGGUAGAUGGGUACGGACCACUGGUGUGUAAGGGCUUUUGCAACAGCACACUUUCGUGGAUGCACUGACAGCGAAAAGAAAUCUUUAAGAUAAAUCCAUAAACUAGCCUCUCCUUAUGAAGUAACACAGUUUAGAGGCUUGUUUGGUUCCUAUUUUAUCACACUAUACAGUUUUAUUUCAAACCAAUGCAUGCAAUAUUAUAAUUCAUACAUUCAAAACAAUUUUCAGCUGUACUAGCAUGGGUUUAA